UGGCUGCACUGGGUAUCCGCUGGCCCGCGGGCAGGCCGGAGGCGCGCGUGCAGAGGUGCAGUGUGAGGACCUGACCAUGAAGGGGACUCGGCUGGUGCUACUGGUACUGCUGCUGGUGACCUGCGGCGAGCAUGGAGAGCGUGUGGUGGCCCUGCGAUGCUACACCUGUCAUGAGCCUACUGCUGUGUCCAGCUGUGCCACCAUCGCCACCUGCGGUACCAACGAGACCAUGUGCAAGACCACCCUCUACUCCCUGGAGACAGUGUACCCCUUCCUGGGGGACUCCACGGUGACCAAGUCCUGCGCCAGCAAGUGUGUGCCCUCGGACGUGGACAGCAUCGGCCAGACCCGGCCCGUGUCCUGCUGCAACACGGAGCUCUGCAACCUGGACGGGGCCCCCGGCCUGGACGGCCGCCGCAGCCUAGCCUUGGCGCUGGUGCCCCUCCUGCUCUGGAGCCUCGGCCUGUAGCGCACCCCCGCCGGUCUGGGCAGCUGCCCGAGCGCCCCUGAAGAAGCCUUGUCCCUGCA